CGGGGAGGGACGCUGCUCAGCUGCUGCUCUGCUCCAGUCUCCUGUCCCCUCCCCCGGCCAUGACAGAGACCCGUGAGCCAGCUGAGACUGGGGGCUAUGCCAGCUUGGAAGAAGAUGAUGAAGACCUUUCCCCAGGCCCUGAGCAUUCCUCUGAUUCAGAAUAUACUCUCUCAGAGCCGGACUCUGAAGAGGAAGAAGAUGAGGAGGAGGAGGAAGAGGAGACCACUGAUGAUCCCGAAUAUGAUCCUGGCUACAAGGUGAAGCAGCGCCUUGGCGGGGGCCGUGGUGGCCCAUCCCGCCGGGCCCCCCGUGCAGCCCAGCCCCUGGGCCCCCCGGCCCAGCCUUGCCAGCUCUGUGGCCGCUCACCCCUUGGGGAGGCCCCACCGGGAACCCCACCUUGCCGGCUCUGCUGCCCUGCUACAGCCCCCCAGGAAGCACCAGCCCCUGAAGGCAGGGCCCUUGGGGAGGAAGAGGAGGAACCACCUCGGGCUGGGGAGGGCCGACCACCUGGGCGGGAGGAGGAGGAGGAAGAGGAGGAGGAGGGAACCUACCACUGUACGGAAUGCGAGGAUUCCUUCGAUAACCUGGGGGAGCUGCAUGGGCACUUCAUGCUGCAUGCCCGGGGUGAGGUGUAGGCAGAGCCCCCACACAGGGAGCUUGGCAGAAGGGGUGGGGUGGGAGGAGGGGGCUGAGGAAAUUGGGGUUGUGACAGUGGUCAUGGGGGAUGGGGUACUGCCGGUCUGUGUUGUCUUAGAAGUAGAUGUGUGAUGGCCAGAAUAAAAGCCAAAAUUCUGUGUGUUGGUUCA